UUUUUGAUGGGCACCUGGCCCUACAACACCGCUGUGCUUUAAUGUUGGCCACGACGGUGGUGCUCGUGUGCUACGUUUUUUAUGGGAUACGUUGUAAAAAGUUCCAGAACCACUCCACGUUGGCGACUGUCUUGAAUCCUCAACAAUGACAACAGAGACAUCUAGUGUUCUUUGUAAAACAUUACAAGGGGAGUUCUUACACUGGUAUGGAACGCAGCCUUCCAGGAUUUCGUCGUUCUCACCACUACGACCACUUCAGCUGCGCACAUUUUCACUCACAUGAAUCAUUGGUAAAUGAUUUUUUUUUUUGUAACAAGCGUGGUUACAGGAAUGAGACAUAAGCGGAAUGCCGAUCGUAAAAAGCGGGUGAAGGUGGAGGGGAGAAGAAUAGAAACGGAACGCGACCUUUUGAUCACGUGCUAGUCAAGCUGGAUCAGCUGACACUGGCAAGCUUCUGCCUUUCACGCUCCUACUCAGACAUCAUAUUUCAUAAAACUAAAUUACUGUGGCAUCUUUUGUUGUUUCGUACUGAAACCAAGAUUCGUUCGCCUAUCUACUGAGCACACCGCCGAAUCGAUGCUGUUGGAGUGGAUGAUGGACGGGCACGCCAUUCUUUACACGGGGGUCACUUUGGCCUUCUGGAGCACAAUCCUCAUCGUCGGUAUCUGCUAUACAAUAUUUGAUUUAGGAUUCCGCUUUGAUGUGGCAUGGUUCCUCACAGAAACAUCACCUUUCAUGUGGGCCAAUUUGGGCAUCGGCUUGGCCAUCUCGCUGUCUGUCGUAGGAGCAGCCUGGGGAAUCUACAUCACUGGCUCAAGCAUCAUUGGUGGCGGAGUCAAGGCUCCUCGCAUUAAAACCAAAAAUUUAGUCAGCAUCAUUUUCUGCGAAGCUGUUGCAAUCUAUGGCAUCAUCAUGGCCAUUGUCAUCAGUAACAUGGCUGAGAACUUCAGCGGAACAACUCCAGAGACCAUCGGUGCAAGGAACUACCAAGCCGGCUACUCCAUGUUUGGCGCUGGCCUGACGGUGGGCUUCUCUAACCUUUUCUGCGGCAUCUGCGUGGGCAUCGUUGGCAGCGGCGCGGCGCUAGCCGACGCUCAGAACGCCAGCCUCUUCGUCAAGAUCCUCAUCGUAGAGAUUUUCGGCAGCGCCAUCGGCCUCUUUGGCGUGAUUGUGGCCAUCCUGCAGACGUCAAAAGUAAAGAUGGGCGACUAGAAGAGGACAAGAGGAAGAUGACAACACCGCUGGAAAAAUAAGAUGUGUAAAUAAUACACCGUAAAUUAUUUAAAUGUUCUAUUUGCUGUGUAUUGUCUUGAAUUGUCAUUUCACGAAGAAUCACUGUUUCUUCACACCCUUUAUGAAUGAUGUUUAAAAUGACUAUGGAGUAUUUGAACAUAUUGUGUGUGUGUGUGUUUGUUUGUUUUGGAUGUGUGUAUGUUUUUUUUUUUUCCUCCUGUGAAGCAUGAGCUUGCUUAGCAUUGUUUUCAUUGCCGUUUACUGGUCUGUCAGAGACCUGCUUACUCAGUUGUGCCUCCUAAAAAGUUAAGAGUAUUUCACUCGAGACACCGGUGUCACCAAUCAGUGAGAAAUUAGGUGGACAUUUUCAUCAUGACUGGACACACCAAAAAGUCUUAAGGUGCCAUGCUUGAAAUGAAAGAGGAAAUCGGACAUUAUUGGCCCAUUUCAAGGUGUGGACCACUUGUGAAUUCACCUAAAUGAGCCUGAAUCAUCAGAAGCAGACGUUCCAGAUGACCAUGUACAACAGAAAUUGUGUAAAAUUGAAAUGUAGAACUACUUUUGUUUUUUUUCUUCCUUAUGAAUGUCUAUUGUUUUUUUUCUCAUUUUUUAAGCACCGUUAGUGUCCUCGUUUCUAGUAAUUCUAUCAUUCCUUAAUUGGUCAAAGCUUAAUUGUGCAAGCUUGUAGGUGAAAUGCUGUAUGUACGAUAUCAAUCUGACAGACGAGGCUAACCAAACGACGAAUCUCCUCCUUGUAAAUUAUCCUGAAGUUGUGAAAGACGAUUAAAGUGGAUUUAAUUGUCAUUAUCAUAAAUGUUCCAAAUGUAAUUCCACCCCCCCUGACAUGAUUAACCUGGAAGUAAUUUGCGUACCAACACUCCAUAUUCUGUUCAGUUGGUACUGUGCGUGAGUGUGUGUGCGUGUGCGCGCACGCCUGUGUGUGUGUAUGUAGUUAUGUUGAUGUGACGGUGACAAGAAGGUCAAUGUCCAAUAAAAAUAAGAAACAGUU